AUGUUCCGUUUCGUGCUCGCCUCCGCCGCGCUGCUCGUGGCCGCCGUCGCCGCCGCCCCGCAGUACCAGCACCAACAGCAGCACCAGCAGAACCCGGAGGCGCACGCCCAGAUCGUGCGCUACGAGAACGUGCUGCAGGACGACGGCCACUACAACUACCAGUACGAGACGAGCAACGGCAUCGCCGCCCACGAGGAGGGCCUUGGCGCUCACAGCGCCAACGGAGCCUUCUCCUACACCGGCCCCGACGGCGUGCAGUACCGCGUCGUGUACGUCGCCGACGAGAACGGCUUCCGCCCGGAGGGUGCCCAUCUGCCGACGCCGCCGCCCACGCCCGAGCACGUGUUCAAGACGCUCGAGCAGAUCCGCGCCAACCCGCCCAAGGACCAGAAGGACUUCAGCCUGGAGGCCCUUGACGCCACCCUGGCCCGUCUCCGACAGCACUAA